CUAUCAGCCACGUGAGCGCCAUAGCUGCUGAUGACUACUUUAGUGACCAAGCAACACUACUAAGAGUCAGUUGCUCAGCAAGUGCUGAAUUAGUGAAACGUUUUCGAAGGUUGUUACGCUACCACUCGCUCUUUCAACGAACAGCAAGCAAUAACAAAAAUAGUUUGAAUACAGUGCCAACACAUGAAGUGUUAAAAGUGUUAAUUUCACAUAAUUGUGUUGAAGAAAUUGACAACCACAACAUCACACAUAGCAACGGCUUUAAGCACAAGAAUAUUUGUGAGCGACCAAGCGAAGUGACAACUAAAGAGAACGUCAUGAAAUCGGCAAGAAUUGUUGUUAUCGGUGCUGGUGCAGCGGGUAUAGCUGCAGCGACACGACUCUUACAAUCUGGCUUUGGAAAUGUAUUACUACUUGAAGCCGAAAACCGUAUUGGUGGGCGCAUACACACCAUACCCUUUGCGGAUAAUGUGGUCGAUUUGGGUGCGCAAUGGUGUCACGGUGAAAAGGGUAAUGUAAUCUUUCAGUUGGUGAAAGAUUCAGAUAUGCUACAGCGGACUGGCCCAAUCUAUGAUGACUACAAAUGCGUGCGUUCCAAUAAGGAAGUGCUCUCCGAAACAGUCGCUGAUACGCUCAAAUCGGUGGCUUUUAAUUUAAUACCAGCACGCCAAGAAGGUUUGAAAGACUUCGAAGGUUCUUUGGGCACAUAUCUCACAGAAGCAUUUUGGCACGAUCUGCAGCAAUCACCGGAGAUCGAUAGGACUGUGGCGCGUGAAUUUUUAGAGAAUUACAAGAAAUUCGAAAGUUCAAUAGAGGCAUCCGAUCAUCUAUUCGAAGUUUCUGGUCGGGGUCACCUUGAGUAUUGGAUAUGUGAAGGUGAAUUGCUACUCAAUUGGAAAGAUAAAGGUUUCCGCUCCUUUUUGCAAUUCCUAAUGAGAGCUAAAAAUGCGGAAGGUUUUGGACUACUCGAGAAGCGUAUUCAGUAUAAUUCCCGCGUCCAAAACAUUGAAUGGAAAAAUUCGAAAGCGGGUGUGCAAAUACGCCUUUGGAAUGGUGAACUGAUCGAAGCAGACCAUGUUAUAUGUACUGUAUCGCUGGGCGUGCUUAAGGAAAGGCAUCAGCAAAUGUUCACACCUGCGUUGCCACCUGCCAAGUGUCGUGCUAUUGACGGUCUCAAAUUGGGAACAGUUGAUAAGUUUUUCAUAGAAUUUAAGGAACCUUUUCGGCCAACUGAUUGGUCGGGCUUUUGUUUUCUAUGGCGUGAAGAGGAUUUGGCAGAACUACGAAACUCUGACUACUUUUGGUUGGAAAGUGUUUUCGGCUUUUAUCGCGUCUCUUACCAGCCACGCAUACUACAAGGCUGGAUAAUUGGCCCACAUGCGCGUCACAUGGAAACACUACCCGAAGCAGAGGUGCUCAAAGCUUUACUAUGGCUUUUCGAGAAGUUUUUCACAUUUGAAGUGCCUGAGCCGGUGAAAUUUUUACGAACGCAUUGGCACAUUAAUCCCAAUUUCCGCGGCAGUUACUCAUUCCAUUCGAUGUAUACAGAAGAGCUUCGCGCAAGCAAUGGAGAUUUAGCUGCGCCGCUCAUUGAUGAGAAAGACGGAAAGCCACUGCUACAAUUUGCCGGUGAAGCAACGCAUUCACACUUCUAUUCGACGGUGCACGGUGCGGUGGAGAGUGGAUGGCGUGAAGCGGAGCGCUUAACUGCCUACUAUCUGGGCUAUACGGCGCAACUGUAAAAAGGGUGUUUUAGAGUUACUACGAAGGCGGUUUUAUAAUGAUAUUAUAGAUGUUGAGGGCUUUAAGUUUAUUGCAUGAAAAAAGUUUAUGAGCUUACAUUUUUAUUAUGUGUUGCAUUUGAUGUUUGCUUUGAGCCAGAGAAGCUAAAAAAAUGCUACACUUGGUUAGCUAAUUGAAUAGUAAUAAUAAAUAUGUAAAAUUUAAUUUGAUAAA